CUCAGACAUCGCUGCUAGUUUCACCCUGCACUGACAUUCCUAUUCACACUAUCUGACUGCAACCGUCCUGUGGUCUAUAUCGCGAUGACGCAUGGACACAGCAACGGCGUGGCAAACGGCCGAAAUGGUUCGCAGCAGUUCGCAGACGAUGAACCUCUGGACCGAGCAAAGGAAGCAGAGGAUCUCCUCACCGCCGUCCAAAAACUAGUCGUCAACUUCAUCCAACAAGCAGACGACGAUGCAAGCGAAGGCUCCGAUAUCCAGAACAAGAAACAACCCAACAAAUCCGCCCUCCUAACCCAACACUCCCCCUCCCAACUCCAAGCCAUCUUACAGCCUACUCUCCCCACCCAAGGCCUUGGCCGCUCAGGCCUCCUCUCCACAGCCCAAACCAUCCUCUCCAACAGCGUCAACACCUGGCACCAAUCCUUCCUCGACAAACUCUACUCCACCAACACCCCCAUCGGCCUCGCCUCCGACCUCCUCCUCAGCGCCCUCAACACCAACUCCCACGUCUACGCCGUCUCUCCAGCUCUCACAUUAAUCGAAAAAACCACCGCAAAGGCCCUUGCCUCCCUCUUUGGUCUCACCGGCCCCUUCGCAGGCGGUGUCUCCCAACCCGGCGGCUCAGCAGCGAAUGCUUCGAGUAUGGUCAUCGCGAGGAAUUUUCUCUACCCGGAGACGAAAGUUAAAGGGAAUGGAGGGUAUAAAUUUGUGAUUUUUACGAGUGAACAUGGACAUUAUAGUGUGGAGAAGGCUGCGCAGAUGUUUGGGUUUGGAUCGGAUGCUGUGAGGGCUGUUGCUGUUGAUGAGGAAGGGAGGAUGAGGGUUGAGGAGCUUGAGAAGGCGAUUGAGAGGAGUUUUGAGGAUGGGGAGACGCCGUUUUAUGUUAAUGCUACGGCGGGGACGACGGUUUUGGGGAGUUUUGAUUUUGUGGACGAAAUCUCCCGCGUGGCCAAGAAGUACGGUCUCUGGCUACACGUCGAUGGAUCCUGGGGCGGGAGUGUCGUAUUCAGCGAAACUCAACGACAAAGUGGGAAGUUGAAGGGGAUUGAGUUGGCUGACUCCAUCACUAUUUGCGCGCACAAAAUGCUUAAUAUCCCCGUCACAUGUUCUUUCUUACUAGGGAAGGAUUUGAGGCAGUUUCAGAAGGGGAUGACGCUGCCUGCUGGGUAUCUUUUCCACGACAAUGACGAGGAGGAAGACGAAUCGAAUAACACCCACGACAACGAUAGGGAGGAGGAAGAAACAGACCAAUUCUUCGACCUCGCAGACCUCACACCACAAUGCGGCCGCAGAGCAGACAGCCUCAAACUCUACCUGGCUUGGACAUAUCAAGGCACUCUUGGUUUCCAGAACUCGAUCGAUCAUGCCUUCGCGAUCGCGGCACACUUCACCAAUUUACUAUCCGAGAACAAGAAAUUCGCACUGGUUUCGAGGAAUCCGCCGCCUUGUUUGCAGGUGUGCUUCUACUUCAACAAACAAGGCAGACAAAGAGGAGGUGGUGAGGAUAACGAGGAUGCAGUGAGGAAGAACAGCCGAACAACAGAAAAGAUUUGUAAAACUUUGAUGAAGAGAGGAGAGUUCAUGGUUGAUUAUGCUCCCGGGGAAGAGGGGAAAUUUUUCAGGGUUGUGGUGAAUUGUUUUACGAGGAGGGAGACGGUGGAGAAACUUGUGAAGAGGAUUGAGGAGGUGGGCAGGGAGCUGGGUUUUUGAGGAGGGAAGGGCGAUGAGAGGGUCGUUUAGCCGUUGGUCGUUUGGCAUUGUUGAUUUGUAAGACAUUUCAGAACGAUGAAAGGACGCACGGCAUACCAUUGGCUUGGCUUGAUGGUGCCAAGAUGAUCAAGAGAAUAUCCUUGAUCGAAACUCUCCAUGACAACAUUGAGUCAUCACGAUGAGCCAUCAUCUAUCGCGAUCGGGCCGGGGAUAAGGUAUGAAAGGCUAAGCAUAGAGAUAAAUCGUAACGACCUCAUGGCUGCGAUUUUGCAGCGUCGAUGCUCGACUGCGACAUAAUUGUCAGCACUAACAGAUCCAUCCAACCUCAAAAGCCCUAUUCGAUUGCGAACAUGGCCUCCACCAUUCCCUGGCGCUCCAUCAAAGCCCUCUCCUUCGACAUCUACGGCACCCUAAUCGAUUGGGAAAAAGGCCUCACAGAAGUUGCACGGAAUUCUGCUCUGGGACCCUACCUCCCAUCCGACCACAAAACUCUCGUAAUCGACAUCACCAGACACGAAACAGCCAUACAUCAAGAACACCCAACAAUGAAACAAUCCAUCGCCAUCGGCCGCGCAAUCGAACGCUGCGCAACCGAACUCCGCCUCGUAGAGAACGGACAGCUCACACAAGAACAAAUCCAAUCCGCGGCCCAACAAAUCCGCUCCUCAAUCGGCACAUACCCAGCUUUCAACGACACUCUCCACGCAAUGCAACUCCUAGCACAGCACUACAAACUCAUCGUCCUCUCAAACGUCGACCACACAUCUUUCUCUCAAACUCUCACCGGACCUUUACAAAAUCUGCCAUUCGAUGCCGUCUACAUCGCCGAAGAUAUCGGAACAUACAAACCGGAUUUGAAUAAUUUCUCUUAUUUAGUCGAUC